AGUCUUUAUUAACCUCACAAAUGAAGUACUGAAUUUUAAAACCGCCGGACAUUUCCGCUUGCCAGGGUUCAGUUUUGUGUAGUGCUAGUAGUAGUUAGUGUGGUAGGCAGUAGUUAAGAAAUGCUUCAUUCCCUUACGUAGGCGCUAUUUCCAAAUCUAUUUACUACUUUGUGUGAGGAAUUAAAUUUAUGUCUGGUUAUAUUUACGCCUUCAGUGUUUAUUUUCACUAACUGCAUUUCCAAGAUAAAAUUAAUAAGGAACUACUUCCAAGACAGUGUCGCAGUGCUAUUAAAAAACGUUGAAUUAACGCAGUGAGAAUCUGUAACGAUUUUGUUUCGUUUAGACUGUCUUGUUCGCUGCAUUUACAACAGAUUUUUUUAUGAAAGGUAUACCGUACUACAGCAUGAAUCUCGUUGUAGAAGGUACUAUUACUCCAGUGCAUUCCUUUAACCAUUUUAAUAUUACGUAUUGCGUUAUUAAUUAAUUGAUAGCCCUUGAAUUAGUCCUUAAAUUGAUGCAGGUUCAUUUUCGCUGUUGCACCGAGCUGCAGGUAACGAUGACAAAAUGAUGAUCUUAACUGCACAGCUGAAGUGAUUGCAGCUUUCCGUUUUUCUUUACCUUCUUGGAAACAUACAGGCACAUUUUCAUUCAUCCAUUAUAAAUAUAUAACUUCUUCUAGGCUGCUAGUUUCACGCAUUUAUUACAACUGUUAGAACGCAGUGUUCUUUAUUUGUUUGUAAAUUUAAGAACUGUAUUGCAACUGGGUUUGUUUUUAACAUGUCGUGCAUAAAUGUUAAAUAGAUGCAUCAUGAAGUUAUACAGUUGAAGAGUACAAUGAAUUCCAAACUCACUGUAUUGGCCCUUCUGUACUUUGUGCAGGGCAUGCCUUACGGUCUGCAGUCAUCUUUACUACCUAUUUAUCUCAGGACAUCAGGACUUUCAUUGACCAAAAUCAGUUUGACCAAAGCUCUCUAUUUCCCUUGGAUCCUGAAAUUAAUCUGGGCUCCUUUUGUGGACAACCUAGGCACAAAGAAGAAAUGGCUCUUGAUUACUAUGUCUGGACUGGCAGUGACGUGUUUAGUUAAUGCUCUCUUGUCUCCAGAUACUGACUUUGCAGCUGUUGCUCUGGCUUUGCUGACAAUGAACUUCUUAUCUUCAGUUCAGGACAUUGCUGUUGAUGGCAUUGCUGUGCGACUCCUAAGGCAGGAAGAAGUGGGUUAUGGAAACACAGUGCAGGUUGUGGGGUAUAAGAUAGGCUCAGUGCUUGCAGGUGGAGGCCUUCUUACAGUAAUGGAUGUGAUUGGAUGGAGCUCCCUCUUUGUCAUGCUGAGUACUGUAUACUGUGUUGUAGCACUGUACACCUGGAAAACACCAGUGCUUAACAUAAACUUUAUAAAUCAAAGCAAUGAAGAGAAAAGUCAGAAGCACACCUUAAAUCCCUGGAAGAUAUUGCAAGAACUUUUGUCUGUACCUGGCACACAGUGGACUCUCGUUUUCGUUCUCAUAUAUAAAUUAGGUGAACAAGGCGCUAUGAGCAUGUUCCCUCUGUUCCUGCUGGACAGUCACAUGUCUGCUCGGGAGCUGGGCAUCUGGAAUGGGAUGGUGGCAAUGGGGUUUUCUAUCCUGGGCUCCUCUAUUGGUGGACUGCUAAUGUCAAAAUACAGAGCAAUUUCUGUGAUGACAUCUGCCUUCAUCUUUAGACUGGGCGGCUUGGCUUUUCAGACAUUUUUAGUGUUUGCAUUCACCGGAAGUUCAUUACUCAUGAAAGGUGCUGCCAUAUUGAGCCUAUGCAUGCAGCAUUUUCUUGGGGGACUUAUAACCACUGUCACCUUCAGUAUCAUGAUGUACUGCACACAGAAAGCUGAUCAAAGAAUACAGGCUACACACUACAGUUUCCUGGCAACCUUGGAGGUAAUGGGAAAGCUCACAUUCAGUGCCCUUGUCGGCGGGGUUGUGGACUGGAUUGGCUUCCCAGCCAGUUUCUUUCUGUUUCUAAUUCUCUCUGCAGCAGCUGUAGUGCAUGUCUUUAAAGCACCAGUUAGUGGAAGCUGACCGAACACCCAAUCAGAAUGUUAAUGUAUCCUGUUGUUUUCUGAGUCUUGUCGAUAGCACAAUAAGGUUUCCACUUUCUUUCAAGGAUGUAAAACCUGUAUUUCAGUGAGUUAAAUGCUUUAUUUUUAAAUCAGUUGUUUUACAAUCUACAAUAAUGUAAUUGCUUUGAAUUAACUGUCUUGUACCUGUUAUUUAGCAAACAUGUACAAAAAGUGGAGACUUGCGCAGAAAAUAAAAUAGGAUUCUGAUUAGA